CCUGCACCACUCAACGAUCGCACCAGGGCGAAGCUCUUUCGUCAUUACAUCAAAUAUAUCGCUCCCGCAUUCGACUCUUACGACCCAACUAGAUACUUUUCAACAUCCGUUCCAUCGAUAGCCGCGACAUGUCCCGCAUUUCUCGAACUGAUUCUGGUUGUUGCCGCUAGACAUCAUCAAGCUGUUCAAGGCGGUGCUCCAAACCUUGAACUCGAUGUCUAUAGGCGGCAGCUUCCAUCUCACGAUGAUUUCGUAGAGCAAAUGAUCCAGUCGGGCAUGGACAUGGCACAUCUGGACGUUGCUGUUCUACUCUAUCAUUUCUGCGAAAACCUGCAAGCCACCUCAAUGCACAAUGAUGCCUCAUCAGACUUGAUCCCCCCACAUCUAGACAUGUCCAGGCUGCAUGUGUCCCCUCUUUUGACUCAAAUCCCCGUCACGUUUCACGAAGCCGUAAUGUGGGCAUGUCUAAGACAAGAGUUGUUCCUGGCAGUCAUGAACCAAACCCCCAUCGAUCAAGACAAAUACCGAUCCAGCUUGGAACAUCUCACUCAUACCAGCGAUGAUUUUUCCAGGACAAACAGAAUGCUGCUUAAGCUCAUGAACGUGGUCAGGUUUUGUUUCGGAGAGGGGAAGGAUACGACUACCUAUGAUGAACUCCUCGAAUCGACUGCCUCCUGGAUGAGGAGUACUCCAGCUUCCUUCACUCCAGUCAUGACACGACGAAAAUGCAAUGGGGCACCCUUCCCUGAGAUCUGGCUGCUGAAUGAUUGUAUUGCUGCGGGGCUCCAGUACUACCAUCUUUCGAGGAUACUCUUGAUAGUCCAUGACCCUCGCGUACCUCGUCUCUGUCGAGCUCGGAGGGAGGCCUCUCGUUGGAUUGAUGCCCAAGUAAGGAAUGAUCUGGAGAUUAUUUGUGGAAUCGCCGAAUCGAUGAGUAAAAUCAACCCGAUGCACAUAACUGCUUGCAUGGCGAUCUCGAUGGUCGGAGAUCGCUGUUCUCAGAGAAGUCAGCAAGGUGCCGUCAUCAAUAUCCUGGACAAGACGACUACAGAAUUUGCGUGGUCUACUGAUCUUGCGUAA